GUUAAAUCUUGCCUGAGCGGAAUACGACCGAUUCGACAUAGCAGGAGGAAAUAGUUUCAGGAUGUAUGUCACAAAAUUGAGAGGCUUACCAAGUCUAUUCAUCGUCGUACUAACGGCAUCAACCGAAUGCAGUUUCGGAAACAAACUUCCAUUCAGUUCUAUUCCUCAACCGAGAAGUCUCGCCGACUUGGAGGAGAAAAUAUCAACUGUCAUGGCAAAGAUUGAAGAGCUCGCAGAGGGCAAUGCACGACUGAAAUUCGACAAUUCGCACCUGAAGCUCUAUAAUGAACAACUGAAGCACGAUAACAUACAACUAAAGAUCGACAACGAAUACCUCAAGUCCCACCUGGAGAAUACUGUAGAGGAUAGGCUGCAAUACCUGGAGGCAGUCACUCGGCAAAUUGUGCCCCCAACGUGCGAGACUCUCGCAAAGCUUGGCGUGUCACGGUCAGGAACCUACCUUGUGGACCCCGAUGGAGUGCUACGAGGCGAUCCACCCAUAAAAGUAUUCUGCGAAAUGGAGACAGCAACCACUAAUGUUCUCCACGAUUCGAUGGAAAGUACGGAGAUAGAUCACUGUCCUGAUCCUGGCUGCUAUAGUCGCAGAAUUACUUACGAUGCGUCAAUCAAGCAGGUCCAUGCAUUGAUCGAACUAUCGAAGUCAUGUGAGCAACAAAUAAGGUACAAUUGCUAUCCCACGGCCCAGACUACAGGAGACACCAACUACGCAUGGUGGGUGGACCGUCACGGCGACCCUCAGUAUUACUGGAAUGGUCCCCGAGAAGGAGAAAAUAUAUACAUCCGCGAUAUCAUCGACGAUUGCGUGGAUUGCAUCCAAUCUGGCAAUUGCGACGCCGAAGCCUCCCAGGGGGGAUCAGGCUUGGGCACCAUCACCAACAGUGGAGCUUUGCCUAUCACAGAGCUCCGAUUCGGCGGGCUGCAGUCGGAGAACCAAAAGGCGAACCACACUCUGGGAGCAUUGAUGUGCAGGGGCCAUAAUAAUCAGCCAAACCACCCAGCGGAAUCUUGCUCAUCUCUCCGUCGUGCCGGACACACUCGCACAGGUCAUUACCUCAUCAGCACCAAAGAAGGACGACUGGAUGUUGUGCUGUGUCGGAUGGACUUGGAAGAUACUGACGUGGGAUUCCAGGUAUACACAGGUGCCAGCAUCGCCGAGGAGGGCGUUUAUUUCGAUGCCGUUCGUGUUGACGGUUGGUCAAGUGUUGGUAUAAUUCCUUUUUAUUUUGCCGAGGUGAACAUAGGGAACGGAAUGGAUCCGAGCAGCGGGAUUUUUACCGCCCCUCUGGACGGCAUCUAUGCAUUUCAUUUUCAUUGUAUGACGCACGAAACGGUUCAGGUACUUCUUAGGAGUAAUGAAGUCGCCAAAGCCACAUUGUUCUCAGAGAACGAGUCGAACCUAGGGCAAAUGCUUGGCCAAUCCAUUCUCCUCCAGCUCCAAAUAGGGGACCAAGUCGACCUCUAUUUAGAACGAGGAGCAAUCCAGUCACUCGGAACCCGAGGUAUUCAUUUUGUGGGAUAUUUAUUGUAUCUCACGUAGUCACAAAGAUGCAAUAAAGCAC